AUGGACAUUCAGUCCUUAAGAACGGAGCUGGAACGACAGGGACAGCUGAUCGACGGGCUGGCUAAGGAUAUUCAAUCUAUUAAAGCGGAACUGAAAGAACGGAAGAAAGAUGGACUUGUUCUGGAAUCGGAUGAGCACAAUUCGAGCUCCCACACACUCGGCUGUACCGACGGCAAGUCAAGUGGGAUCAAUGAAAUGCUCAUUCCCAAGUUUAGCAGUCAACCUUUCAAAGUGGCCUGCGAUGCAGAAACUCGAGGGGGAGGUUGGACAAUUAUCCUGAGGAGGAUGGAUGGAAGUGUCGACUUCUAUCGAAACUGGACCGAAUACAAAGAGGGAUUUGGAGAUCUAAAUGGCGAGUUCUUCUUGGGACUCGAUAAAAUACACGCAUUGACCACAGACAGGAGACAGGAACUACUUGUUGUCCUAGAGGACAACGAGGGAAAUGCAGCUAUUGAGAUGUAUGACAACUUUGCAAUCGGCGAUGAAGAUCAUCAAUAUGUCCUACACACUCUGGGAAAUGCGACUGGAACUGCGGGUGAUUCACUUAGAAGACAAUAUAGAAUGGCAUUUAGCACCUAUGAUCGAGAUAAUGAUCAGUGGGAACUGGGAAACUGCGCAGCUGUCGAAAAUGGCGCCUGGUGGUACAGUUGGUGUCACGAAAGCAACUUGGCGGGAAUGUAUAAUAAUAACACCAAUGGCAAGGGCGUCAAUUGGAUAACUUUUAAGGGUUAUUACAUCUCCCUCAAAAGGGCCGUCAUGAUGAUACGCCCAAAGGAGUGAACUCUAUGACUUUACAAUGUUUAAAUCAAUUCUAUCGUUAUAUUCUAAUGUAUUUUGCGAUUCCUUAAUUUAUAUUCAAAUUUGCACA